AUGUGUUGCAACUCCUGUGGAAACUCCUGUGGGGGCUGUGGCUCUGGCAAUGGUUGUGGCUGUGGCUGUGGCUGUGGUUGUGGCCAUGGCAGUGGCUGUGGCUCUGGCUAUGGCCAUGGUUAUGACUUUGGCUGUGGCUACUUUGGCUACCAACCAUUUUGCUACAGAAGAUGCUAUUCCUCCCGCUGCUAA